AUGUCACUGACUAAGUGCCGCCGAUCAAUAGUGCUGCGCCAUCUGUACCUCUUCAUUGCCUACCUCGACGCGACACGCGACUUCUGGUUCACCGCCACACGACCCGCCCUGGCCGCUCCCGCCCUUCCCUCCUCCUCCGUCUCCACCUCCACCUCUGUUGAUGCUUCCACCACUCCCAACAGUGCGAAGCGUCCCGAACUGCACACCGGGCCCUCUACCAAUAAUGUCAUCGCUGGUGGAGUCACUCCUCCGACCACCAGCAGUAUGCCCAAGAGGCGACGCCGGACCAUGGGCUCCGGGGCUACAUCCAAGACGUUAGCACCGUCACCUCCUCCUCCUUCAUUGUCAUCGGUCACUUCGAGGAUGCACAAUGGUUCGUGGUUGAAGAUGGAGGGUCGUCGUCAACUUGUUGCACCACCAUCUGGUGCUAGAUAA